UGUAAUGUUGGUGGUGUGUUUGCUCUGCUCAGGACGUGAUGGUGGUGGGCGAGCCCACGCUGAUGGGAGGAGAGUUCGGGGACGAGGACGAGCGUCUGAUCACGCGGCUGGAGAACACGCAGUUCGACGCGGCUAACGGCAUCGACGACGCGGACAGCUUUAACAACUCGCCCGCGCUGGGAGCCAACAGCCCCUGGAACAACAAGCCUCCAUCCAGCCAGGAGGGCAAGAACGACAACCCCACCUCACAGGCGUCUCAGUGAGACUCGGGCUGGGGGCGGGGCCGGGGGCGGGGCCAGGGGCAUCUACCUGCAGUAGCUGGUCUUCCUGUCAGCAGAGGAAGUGAACCUGGAGGACCAGAGAUGAGCGUCACACCACAACAGAAACCGUUUCUCGACACAGGACAAUUUUUAUUCACACGCUCGUGGUUUUGUUGGUGAUUUAUGAGGAGCCUGUAGAUAGUUCAUAUGUUUAAGUUAAGACGAAGCGGAGAAAUCUGACCACGUAAAACACCAACAAGACCAAGACACAUCCAGCUCCUGUUUCACUCACAAGAAAUGACAUUUUGCAUGAGGAAAAUAUAAAAAAACAAUCAUUUUCAGUUUUAAUACGGUUUUUGUAUGGAAGCUCGUUUCUGCCAUAAAAAAUUGUAUUGUAAUUGUAAGAAAAUAGUCUUUUUUUUUUCUUUUUUUUUCUUCUGUGAAUUGGCCUUUAUAACUUGCAAUCGUGAGUUUAGAUCUCAAUUCUGAGAAACGUUAGCAUUGCAAGAAAGCCAAAACGGUGAGAUCUUAUCUCACAAUCGCAAGAAAAGAUCAGAAAUGCCAGGAAAAAAGUCGCGAUUGCAAAAAAAAAAAUUUUUUAUUUAGUGGCGGAAACAAGCUUCCGUAGUUUUGUUACUUUAUUGCAAUGAGAGAAUUAAAAAAAAAAAGUGAAUCGGCAUAAAUCAAAACACUAGCAUUUUUAUUCUCUCGUUUUGCAUUACAGUAAUGAGAUGCAGGGAAAUGUUUAAUCAUCAUUUCAAUGCAAAAAAAUACAAAUCUAACGGUUGUAACAAUACACCAGAUAUUUUAUUCAGCGAAAUGUCAUUUCUUAUUUUUUGGAUCGAAACGUCAAACACAGCAGAUUAAUUUCGACAGUCUCGCAUCUUCCUCUGAUUGCUGGAGGAUGUUUAAUAUCACGCGUUUUGGAGAAUUUUAAUCCGUGUUUUAUACCAGCCUCUAUUUCCCUCGAAUGUUUUAUUAUUUUUAUUUUUUAUUUUUUUUUAACCGAUGUUGAAAGCUGCAAACCAAGGAGUAACCGAACCGUCGAGGUCCUUAAAGCCUCAGAUUCUAUUGGUUUGUCCUAUGUUUAAAGAGAGUGGUUUAGCGUGGGCUCUGAUUGGUUUGUGUACUUGUGCUUGUAUAUUUAACGUAGUAGCAGAGUUCUGUAUAACUGUAUUGAGAUGUAUUCCUCCUUAGAGUUACAUAAAGCCAUUCUGAUCUAACGUGUACAAAA